GAAGAAUUCUCCAUGACUGCAAAUACACGGUCAAUAAGUCUUACUACUAGAAGUAGCCAGAGAAGUAACUUUCCAAGAUCUCGAAGUUUUGAUGAUAACUCAUCAGUUGGGGAAGCACAAUCGGUAAUAAGCGAGAAUGGAACAAUUGGGAAUAGGCAUGUUAAAGAUUUGCCAUUGAAUUCAAGAGAUUUCGUCGAGGCUAUUGGUUCAUUUGAUGAUUCCACCACUGGAGAUGGUGGAUCUCGUGUAUUUAACAGAAUUGAAAGUUUUAGUGGUGAAAAUCGAUCAGACAUCAGCCUAGCGGUAGCAAAUCCAUUGAGGCUUCCGAUUAAAACUCGCGAUCCUGGUGACAUAAUUGAAAACAAACGGCGCCAAGGACGGCUUCUCUUGGUUUCACUUCUCGAAGAUUUCUGUUCGUUAUAUGUUACUAAUCCGGAAAAAAAUCAAAAAUUGUUCUACGCCAUUUGCAAGUCGCUGAGCGCUAUGGGCAUUAUUGAUGAAGAGGCUUUGAAUUCGAUCAAGCAAGAACAAUCGUCUCACAUGAUUGUUUCCUCGGCUCCGGAGACGAGUACCUCUAAGAGUGGCAACGAUCUUGAUGAUAUUCGUAACGUGAAUUCUCGGAAUUUCAGAAAUAUUACUUUCGGAGAUAUACUGGACCUUCACAAUAGUCGUUACAGUAAUGACUUUGUCGAGAUAAAAUUACUGGGUAAAGGUGGAUUCGCAAGUGUAUGGCAGGCCAAGAAUAAAUUAGAUGGGGUCCAUUAUGCUAUUAAAAAGGUUAAGCUCCAAGGUAAUAAAAUUCUGGGAGAAAAAGAAAAGAUUUUUCGAGAAAUCAAAUCACUUGCUCGGCUGGAACACACAAAUGUCGUUAGAUAUUAUAGCUCCUGGUUAGAGUAUGCCUAUAACAGAAAGCGAGAGGAAUCUUUCGAAGUUUCACAGGACCUAUCGGACGCUGUUAACUCUCUGGGAUUCCAAACCAGCAAUGAUGCAAAUGAUGACUCGGACAUCUUUAGAAUGUCUUUCACGGAUGAAGAUACCAGAGAAAAAGAUUACAGUGGAGUCGAUUUUGUGGGUGAGGUGCAUUCAGAAUCAUCGGUAGAUACGCAGUCACAAAGUUGUGAUGAUUCAUUCGAAUCACAUCAACGUCCUUGUGAAUCUUUGAACGUUGUAAAAGACUGGACUCUCUUUAUCCAAAUGCAGCUUUGCCAUACUACGCUGUACGAUUAUCUGAAACGGCGUGACACAAGCUUGUUGACUAAAAAAGAUCCUUUGAACGCUAUAAAUCGUCAGGUUACCAUCGAAUUAUUUAGAGGGAUUGUCCGUGGCGUCGCGUAUAUUCAUGAACAAGGUUUGAUUCAUCGAGACCUUAAACCUGGAAACAUUUUUAUGGAUUUAGUUCACGAAACAGGACAAAGUAACGCUGAUGGUUCGCGACUGGUGCCUAAAAUUGGAGAUUUCGGAUUGGUAACUGCUGCCUAUGAAGAUCAUCUGGAUCUACCGAUGGACGAUUACAAUUACAUAGAUCCAAGAUCAUUUAAAUCAUUUAACUUUGGCAGUGCACCUGAAGAUUCUGGUAAUAGGAGUCAUCUUAUUAAUAAAAGAUCGAAUUCUUUAUCCUAUGGUUCCCAAUCGAGAACCACGGGAGUUGGUACAGUCACGUAUGCCUCUCCCGAACAACUUGCUAAGCCAGUUAGGCCUUAUAAUGAAAAGGUUGAUAUCUACUCAUUAGGCAUCAUAUUCUUUGAACUUUAUUUUCCAUUUUCCACCGGUCACGAACGUGUUAAGGUUCUAAAGGAAUUGAGAGAUGGAUUCUUGCCUAAUGAAUUUGUUCAACGUUUUCCGAAAGAGGCCGCAUUUAUUUUAUGGAUGAUAGCCGAAGAUCCUAACAAAAGACCUGACGCAAAACAAAUACUGGAAUUCGAUUUGUUGGCCGAGCCUAUUCAUGGAGAACACGAGAUGCAACAUAAACUUGUGAAGAGCACCCAAGUUGAAGUAAUUAGAAUAUAA